AUGUCUGAAUGGUACUAUGUGGCGGUGUCGGUGGUGCUGCCGCCUGAAAGUGGGCGUAUCAUUGACCAGGUGGACUUGAUCUCGUGGAAAACCAUCGUUCUUGACGCUCUUAACCAAAUGUAUGGCGCUGUGGGCCAACUGUCUCCCUUUGAUAUUAUCCAUCACGAGGGUGCCAAUGCCAUUGUGCGGUGCCAGAUAGCUGAUGCUGAGCGGGUGAAGCUGGCAUUGUUGCUGCACACGGUCCCCGUGGCGCUGUUAGUGGGCGGUGCUCCCGAUGCCCAUGAUCACAGUGAUGCUCCUCUUGCCGUCAUUGGAAGCAGUCGCUACCUCGGCCCAGCAUCGCGAGGCGUUCGUGAUGAUGUCUAA